AUGGCAGUCACCGGAUCUGAGCAGAAGAAGAGGAAAAGUCAGGGCGAUCAGUUUGACAUCGCCGGUGAACUGAAGCAAUUGCAAUGGCAAGAGUACCGUAAUUCACCGCAACCCGCCAUCGUCUCCUCAGUCCGGAUUUCGGCGUCGUCCAAUCUAAAGGCCAAUGUCCAUACUCCUGGAAGUGGAUAUGUCCUGCUACAUCAUGUGAUGGGAGAAACAGAUGGAGAGCGUAGUGUUUGGUCUUACGUCGAAGGUGGAAUGGGCUCUGUCUCCAUGGCUAUAGCUAAUGCUGCAAAAGAAGCUGGCGCUCAGGCUAAGAUUUUCACAAACGCAGAGGUUUCUGAAGUACUGACUGAGGAUUCUAGCAUCGUGAAAGGGGUUUUACUUGCUGAUGGUACACGGGUGGAGUUAUCUGUUAUAUUGUCCAAUGCAACCCCUUACAGAAAUUUUGUGGAGCUGGUUCCGGCUAAUGUUCUUCCUGAAGAAUUUUUCGGUGCUAUAAAGAACUCACAUUACAGCUCGGAGUAUUCUUGA